AUGGCAACAUUCUUUUCCUCGUUCUUCCAAUGGUUCUCUGCACUCUUUUUCUCCAAAGCCGUUGAAAUUGCUGUGGUCGGUCUCCAGGCUUCCGGGAAGACCUCCUUUGUACAUGUAAUAGGCUCUGGCCAGUGGAGCGAAGAAGUAGUACCCACUGUCGCAUAUAACUUUAGGAAGGUCCGGAAGGGGAAUGUUACAAUCAAUAUUUGGGAUAUUGCUGGUCAACCAAAGUUUCGAUCUACAUGGGAGAGAUAUUGCAAUGGUGUAGACGCUAUAGUAUUUGUCGUGGAUUCUUCAGAUCGAGAGAAAUUCAACGCUGCCCGGUUUGAACUACAUCAGUUGCUAUCUCAACUGAGUCUUGUCGGUGUUCCUCUACUGGUGCUAGGUAACAAGAAUGAUUUGGAAGACCAUGCACCUAUCAAGGAAAUUAUACCGGCCUUUCAACUAGAUAAAAUUAGUGAUCGUCCAGUUUCAUGUUAUUCGUGCUCAAUGAAGUCUCAACAUAAUCUCGAUAUCGUGUUACACUGGCUUUCGGACAGGAGUCAUUGA